AUGCCCACCCCCAACGCUGCCAUGCCGCAGGCCAAGGGCUUCCGCAGGGCUGUCUCCGAGCUGGACGCCAAGCAGGCCGAGGCCAUCAUGGUAAGAGGGCACACUGGCACCGCUGCCCAGGGCGGGCCUGAGCUGCCUCUGACCUCCUCAGGUGGGCUCCUGGGACCCGGGGCAUGGUGGCUCCUGUCCCUGCAGUCCCCGCGGUUCGUCGGGCGGCGGCAGAGCCUCAUCGAGGAUGCCCGCAAGGAGCGGGAGGCAGCGGUGGCCGCGGCGGCCGCGGCAGCCUCUGCAGAGCCCGGGGACCCCCUGGAGGCGGUGGCGUUCGAGGAGAGGGACGGGAAGGCCGUGGUGAACCUGCUCUUCUCCCUGCGGGGCACCAGGCCCUCCUCGCUGUCUCGUGCCGUGAAGGUGUUUGAGACAUUUGAAGCCCAAAUCCACCACCUGGAGACGCGGCCCGCCCAGAGGCCGCGGGCGGGGGUCCCCUCCCUGGAGUACUUCGUGCGCUGUGAGGUGCCCCGCGGGGACCUGGCCGCCCUGCUCAGCUCUGUGCGCCGCGUGUCUGAGGACGUGCGCAGUGCAGGGGAGGACAAGGUCCCCUGGUUCCCAAGAAAAGUGUCAGAGCUGGACAAGUGUCACCACCUGGUCACUAAGUUUGACCCUGACCUGGAUUUGGACCACCCGGGCUUCUCAGACCAGGUGUACCGCCAGCGCAGGAAGCAGAUUGCCGAAAUAGCCUUCCACUACAAGCACGGUGACCCGAUUCCCCGUGUGGAGUACACCACUGAGGAGAUUGCCACCUGGAAGGAGGUCUACACCACGCUGAAGGGCCUCUAUGCCACCCACGCCUGCCGGGAGCACCUGGAGGCUUUUGGGCUGCUGGAGCGCUUCAGCGGCUACCGGGAGGACAAUAUCCCCCAGCUGGAGGACGUCUCCCGCUUCCUGAAGGAGCGGACAGGCUUCCAGCUGCGGCCCGUGGCCGGCCUGCUGUCUGCCCGGGACUUCCUGGCCAGCCUGGCCUUCCGCGUGUUCCAGUGCACCCAGUACAUCCGCCAUGCGUCCUCGCCCAUGCACUCGCCCGAGCCGGACUGCUGCCACGAGCUGCUGGGGCACGUGCCCAUGCUGGCUGACCGCACCUUCGCCCAGUUCUCCCAGGACAUCGGUCUUGCAUCUCUGGGGGCCUCAGACGAGGAAAUUGAGAAGCUGUCCACACUGUACUGGUUCACGGUGGAGUUUGGGCUGUGCAAGCAGGACGGGGAGGUGAAGGCAUAUGGCGCCGGGCUCCUGUCCUCCUACGGGGAGCUCCUGCACUCUCUGUCAGAGGAGCCCGAGAUCCGGGCCUUUGACCCCGAGGCUGCGGCCCUGCAGCCCUACCAAGACCAGACCUACCAGUCCGUCUACUUCGUGUCCGAGAGCUUCAGUGAUGCCAAGGACAAGCUCAGAAGCUACGCCGCGCACAUCCAGCGCCCCUUCUCUGUGAAGUUCGACCCGUACACGCUGGCUAUCGACGUGCUGGACGGUCCCCACGCCAUCCGGCGCUCCCUGGAGGGCGUACAGGACGAGUUGCACACCCUGACCCAUGCUCUGAGUGCUAUUGGCUAG